AUGCUCGUCACUCAACUUUAUAGUUUCUUAAGUUCUUGCCCAUAAGUUUCUCACUUGCUGAUUUCUACUACAUAAGGCCUUUCGAGGGUCUCGGCUUUCUCAUCUUGUUGUUAACAGAAAGAACAGAGAGAUUGAAAUGAAGGUUGUUCUGGUUUUUGUUGCUGUGGGACUGGUUCUUGGUCUUGCCCAGAGUUUUGAUUUUCAUGAGAAGGAAUUGGAGACGGAAGAGGGCUUGUGGGGAUUGUACGAGAGGUGGACGAGGCACCACUCUGUAUCGAGGAGUCUGGACGAGAAGCAGAGGCGGUUUAAUGUGUUUAAAGCGAAUGCUAGACAUGUUCAUGAGGCUAACAAGCUGGAUAAGCCUUAUAAGCUCGCGUUGAACAAGUUUGCAGAUAUGAGUAACUAUGAGUUCAGAAGCUUUUAUGCUGGUUCCAAGGUAAGUCAUCACCGUAUGUUCAGAGGGGAGCGCGUUGGAAAUUCAGACUUCAUGUAUGAGAAUGUGAAGGACCUUCCUCCAUCUGUCGACUGGAGGGCGAGAGGAGCUGUUACUUCUGUCAAGGAUCAAGGCCAAUGUGGAAGUUGCUGGGCAUUUGCAGCAGUUGUAGGAGUCGAAGGAAUAAACUUCAUUAGAACGAAUAAAUUAGUAUCUUUAUCCGAGCAAGAGCUUGUCGACUGUGACACUGAAGAAAAUCAAGGAUGCAAUGGAGGGAUGAUGGACGGUGCAUUUGAUUUUAUAAAGAAGAAAGGAGGAAUUCUAACGGAGGAUCAGUAUCCAUACCAAGCUAUAGACAGAGCAUGUGAUCUUUCAAAGGUGAAUACUCCAGCAGUUUCGAUUGAUGGGCAUGAAAAUGUGCCUGCUAACGACGAGAAUGCACUGAUGAAGGCCGUAGCCAACCAGCCUGUAUCCGUGGCCAUUGAUGCCAGCGGCAUUGAUUUCCAAUUGUACUCAAAGGGAGUGUUUAAUGGAGUGUGUAAAAAUGAUCUGGAUCAUGGAGUAGCUAUUGUAGGAUACGGAGCAGAGCCGGCUGGAAGCAGCUACUGGAUAGUGAAGAACUCGUGGGGAUCGGAAUGGGGAGAGGAUGGCUACUUAAGGAUGCAACGAGGCGUGCCUGCCAAAGAAGGAAUAUGUGGUAUAGCAAUGGAGGCUUCUUAUCCCAUCAAAACCUCCUCGACGAACCCGAAUGUUCAUGCAUUUGCUCACACAGAUGAACUCUGAACAGGAUACAUCAGGCUGUGUUACUGAGUUUUCUUAGCUUUGCAUUUCUUGUCUGUUAAAAUGCUCAUAAUUCCAUAAUGAAGUCCAGCUUUAUAGGACAAACUGCAUGCAUGCACCUGGUGUGAUCUAGUGCUGUUUUAUUUUCCUUUUCCUGUGUGAGUGUGAAAUAGAAGUUAUUCACUCUGUUAUGUUAAUGUUAUACUCCCUUUAUCCCA